CGCGCCCACAUCACACAGUCAAUGGAUUACACCUUCUCUCUCCAAGUGCAGCACCAUCUGACCGUAUACCCGACACACUUAUACGAGGACUACAGCUUAGAGUUACAGAUGAAGUCAACAGAGGUGGAUCAAGGCCUUUUCACAGACAGUUACUGCAAAGUGUGCAGCGCUCAGCUCAUCUCAGAGUCACAGAGAGUGGCACAUUAUGAGAGCCGGAAACAUGCAAACAAAGUGCGUCUGUAUUACAUGUUGCAUCCAGUAGAUGGUGGAUGUCCAGCUAAGAAGCUCAGAACAGAUGACGGGAGUGAGGAGGGAGAUGUGGAUAAGAACAAGUGCUGUACACUGUGUAACAUGUCCUUUACUUCAGCGGUGGUAGCGCAGUCUCAUUACCAAGGCAAGAUCCAUGCUAAGAGGCUCAAACUUCUGCUGGGGGAACAGCCUGCCAUAACAGCCAAAGAGGUGACACCUAGUCCAGUGAAAACACCCUCGUCAGAAACCUCACCUGUGAGCUCGACCCGUCAGCACCGGGAUUCUGAUCGCUACUGUCAGCUGUGCAAUGCUUGGUUCAACAAUCCUGGAAUGGCACAGCAACACUACGACGGCAAAAAGCACAAGAAAAAUGCAGCACGCGCAGAUCUACUGGAACAACUAGGGAAGACUUUAGACAUGGGAGAGAUGAAAGGUCUAAAACGCUGCUACACAUGUGAUGUCUGCAGCGUCACACUGAAUUCAGUGGCACAGUAUCAUGCACACCUGCAGGGCUCCAAGCACCAAAACAACCUAAAAAAUCAGCUGUGUGUCCAGUGAACCAACAGGAAAAACAAGAUGAUUGGAUUGAUGUCAGACAAGCUGUGAUCAGCUUGCCCAGGAUUUUCUGCCUCUAUUCUGUCCUCCCUUUCUCUCUCUCUCUCUCUCCUACCGACGCUGUUGUCUUACUCUCGACUUGACUGCAAAAGAAGAUCCUCUUAAAGUCAGCCUUUAGUCAUCCUGAACCCUUCCUCUACAGCAGCUCUCCUCCUCAUGACUCGAACACAGACAUCAGACUCUGAAUCUCUGAGGAGAUGUGACUUCAUCCAGUGGCACCCAUCCGCUACUUAUUCUGUUUUCACGCCAGAAGUUUAUAUAGCUAAUCUCAGUCAGUUGUUGUGUGCAUGACUGAAUACUGUAUUCAUUGUCACUUUCUCAGCUAAGCAAUAUUUGUCCAAAAUCUGCCAAAUUAAUAGUUAAAAACAUAACAGAGUUUAGCAUAAAAAGAGAUUGCACUCUAUAUGUCUCUCAUUUUUAAUGCACUAUUUGUUGUUUGUGUGCAAACAAUACACGUUAUACAAAUAUCUAUGUGUUUUUGGUCUAUUAAUAUGGGCGUUUGGGGAAGGGUUCUAAUGAAACAAAAUGUAUUAGAUGUGUUUGUCGUGUGUAUGUGUGAUCUGUAGAUGAUGAAUGGGCGCUUGAGAAUAUUUGUAAGCUAAUGUGAGCCUAUUCAGAUUUCUGCUCUGGUUUUUAAUACAUUUUUGACGUUUUGAACAGAAUGAAGUCAUACAAGUCUUCAGAAGAUCAAGCAGCUAAUCCUUUAAAAAGGUAUUUUAAAAUAUAAUAUAGUUAUUCAAAGGUCAUUAUUCAUUUGCACUACCUGUAUUUUUAUCUGUUAAAGUAACAAUUGGAAGAUUUACUUUAAAACUGAAUUUAUGACCUUUUAUUGCACAGCUCUAUGAAAUACUUAAUUCUGAUUAGUCAGUUUUUGCAUUCCAAUGUCAAAUAUUUCUGCAUAUUGUCCAUUCAUUUAGGUAUUCUUUGCUCUGUGCUCAUAGUCUGUUUCUUUAUUGUCUCUACAAGUGAGAAAUAUAGAGUUAUUUCAACCCAGAUCACCUCAAAACAAAAACAUGUUGAUGUAAGUACAGUUACAUCGUCAUUAUCACAAAACAAACUCUUUUAAAGUGAUAAAGACACCAGACAGGGUUAAUUCUUUAGUGAUAAUGGUCCUUAUUACAGAAAGAUGACAAUGUUUAUUCUUUCUUACAAUCAAGAAAUAGCAAAAUCUCUUAAAUGACUCUUAAAACAUUUUUAUCAAGGCCAGAUCUUUAGAUCUAAACAUGACAUAUUUAGCCAAGUGUGGUCGGACUUAAUCGGUCAUAAUGUAUAUUGAGGUUUUAAUAUAAGAGCAAUUCAGUGCACAAACAAUCACCGCUCUUUCACAAAGAUGGAAGUAUCAAUUUAUGCAUUGUUUCAUUGGAACUAGUGUGUGUUCCCUUUAAGAGAGCAACUUCCUGUUCUCUCCCUCUUUGUGCUCUGGGUCGUGUGAUCAACGGUGUCUGAAACAAAAA